AUGGUUAGGUUGAGAGAUCUGGUAGGUGAGAAUCUAGCCAGUCGCGUUAUUGCUCAAGUUGCAAAUCGAAAAAAGGGGACUGACUUACUGAUUUGGAAACCGCAGAAACAUGGCUUAUUUACUGUGAAAACAGGGUGGGAAAUGGUGAGGAUUCGAGGUGAACAUGUGCAGUGGGCUCAUUGGGUUUGGCACAAUGCUUUGCCUAAUUAUGUUUCAGUUUUUAUGUGGAAAGCCUUAAAUAGAAGCUUAGGUGUGGAUGAAAGAAUUAAAGCCGUUGGAAUAAACCUUGCUUCCAAAUAUGGUAGCAGUCUAGGGAAUCCUGGUCAGGUUGGGGGAGGGGGAGUGAUUCGGAAUGAAAAAGAUGAAUUGGUAUCAGCAUUUUGUACUUACUUUGGGGAAGCUACAAAUAAUGAAGCUGAAUUGAGAGCGAUCAUUGAAGGUUUAAGGAUAUGCCGUGAGUUAGAAGUAUAUCACCUUGACAUUGAGCGUGAUUCACUAAUAGUGGUUUCUUGGAUUUUAUCUCAAAAGUGUCCCGUAUGGUAUUUAUGGGAUUUCUGGGAAGAUCUUGUGGAGCUACUGCAGAAAUUCAAUUUUCAGAUAGCACAUCGGUUGAGAGAAAGCAAUGAAGUGGCUAAUUCUUUAGCAAGUAUGGGAGCUAGAGGUUUAUUUGAGAAAGUAAGAUGUGGUUGA